AUGGGACACCCUAAGGGGCACAGUGGUCGACGUGGGCGGCGGCAGCGGACACGUCUCGAUCGCGCUGGCGCGCCGGUUCCCGCACCUCUCCUUCCGUAUUCAGGACAGCAAGAAAAUGCUCGCCCAGGGCCAGCGCAUCCUCGCCAAGGAGGACCCGGCCGUGGCCAGCCGCAUCGAACUGCAGCAGCACGCACGACUUCUUCCAGCCGCAGCAGCUCGGCGGCAACUCCGUCGCGGCCUUCUUCCUCCGCCACGUCUUCCACAACUGGGCCAACGCCGACUCGACGGCCAUCCUCCGCGCGCUCGUGCCCGGCCUCGAGGCCGCGCCCCGCGGGAACGCCCAGCCUCAUCAGCGACAGGGUGCUGCCGUGCCUGGGUGACGGGACGCCGCUGCACGAGGAGCGCGCGAUGCGUCGGCAGGACAUCAUGAUGCUGGUGGGACUGGGCGCCAAGGAGCGCACCCGCGCCGAGUGGGAGACCCUGUUCCGGGCGGCCGACGAGAGGCUCGAGCUGAAGAGGGUGCACGCGCAGGGGCAGUCGGCGCUGUUGGAAGUUAUGCUGAGAAAAUAA